AGAGCAGCGGGCGGGGGCGCGCGAUGGAGCCGCGGGCCCGGCCGGCGCGGCGAACAGCUGGCGGAGGCGGCCCUUGAAGGCGGGGAGGCCGCGGGAGCCGCGCGGGCUGCCCCACGACAUGGCCACGGAGCCCCCGCGCUGCGCGAAGAGCCGGGAGGCGGAGCGGCUUCCUCGGCGUAUCAAGGUGGACGUGCCUCCUCCAGGCUCGGCGGUGGCGGCGACGACGGUGGACGGAGACGAGGAUGGAGGGGGGGUCCGGCUCCUCAACGGCUGCGUGCCUCUCUCCCAUCAGGUGGCCGGGCACAUGUACGGCAAGGACAAGGGCGGUAUCUUGCAGCAUCCUGAUGGCACAGUUCUCAAGCAGUUGCAGCCACCACCUCGAGGGCCCAGAGAACUAGAAUUCUAUAACAAGGUGUAUGCUGCUGACUGUGAAGACUCCGUGUUUCUAGAACUUCGGAAAUAUUUGCCAAAAUACUAUGGGACCUGGACACCACCUACUGCACCCAAUGAUUUGUACCUGAAACUGGAAGAUGUGACACACAGGUUUAAAAAGCCAUGUAUAAUGGAUGUAAAAAUAGGUCAGAAAAGCUAUGAUCCAUACGCAUCACCUGAGAAGAUUGAGCAACAGGUCAGCAAGUAUCCACUAAUGGAGGAGAUGGGUUUCUUGGUGCUUGGCAUGAGGGUUUAUCACAUCCAUUCUGACAGCUAUGAGAUGCAGAACCAGCACUAUGGAAGAAGCUUAACAAAAGAGACAAUAAAAGAUGGUGUGGCUCGUUUUUUCUAUAAUGGAUACAACCUGAGAAAAGAUGCUGUAGCUGCCAGUAUUCAAAAGAUUAGAGAAAUCUUGCUGUGGUUUGAAAGCCAAAAGCAGCUUAACUUUUAUGCAAGUUCCUUACUAUUUGUCUAUGAUGGCUUGUGUCCAACAAAGACAACGUGGUUGAAUGAUGGCACUCUGUUGGAGAAGAGAAGAAUGCCCAAGGGGGAAAUGCCAAGUAAUAACACACUGGAAUAUAACAACAAUAUUCAUGUAAUCAAUUCUGCAGAAAGCGGCAAGGUGGAGACCUCUGUAAGCAAAGGCUUCUCUACAAUAUAUGCACUUCACAAAAGGCAGCAGAGUCAAAUUUCACUAGAAGUUGAAUCUGUGGAACAGGAUAACAUAUGGAAGAGCAGUGCUUGCUUUUCACAAAAACAUUUGAAUGGAAAUGUCAUACCUCAGUUGGAAAAAGUUUUCUGCCACAUGCCCACUACUUUGCCAGAAAGUGAAGAGGUUGAAAUCAGGAUGAUAGAUUUUGCGCAUGUGUUCCCCAGCAAUGCACGAGAUGAGGGCUAUAUUCAUGGGCUGAAGAACUUAAUUACCGUCCUUCAAAAUAUUUUAGAUACCUGAUUUUUUGCAAUUAUUUCUAUUGGGGACCAAUUAUAAUGAAAAGCAACAACAUUUCUGCACUUGUGAUCCUGUUAUAUGUUGGUUUGUAUUGUUCUACAUUUUACUUGUCUUUGUACUUUUGGUAGAAUGAUCAAAUCUUUUAUAAUCUUACUCAGGAAACAUUAUAGUUUAGUAAAAUAAGAGAGAAGCUAAUGAGAUGCAACUGUUGCUUGCAGGAACUUUCAUUUAACAAAUGAAGCUUACCUGAGUUUGUGGAGUAUCUUGUAUAAUAUAAAAUGAUUAUGUUUUCUCAUACCCUUAGCUGUUUUAGCUUAAUCAGAAUCUGUUGAUACAGCCAGAACACUGAGCCAUAUCUCUAAGGGGUUACUAAAAGAAUAAUGGAGUAUUAUUUGAGGUUGUUUACCACAUCUUUAAAACUGGAGUUACUUCUAUAUUUGAGGGAUAAAUGCCUAAAACCUGUAUUUUAACGUAACCAGCAUUUUUUGUGAGCUGUGAUCAUACUGCUGCAUUCAUAAAAUUGCUUAAGGGUGUUCUUCUCUUCAUGGCUAAACUUCUAGUAUACCUCCUAGUGUAUUGUGUAGGGGCUAUUGAAGUGUUUUCAAGGGUUGUAAAAUAGGUGUCAGUCAUUUAACGAACAUAAGAAACAUGCUAAAUGCUGUUUUGAAAGUUGUGCUUCAGAUGCCCUAUUUUGUUUAUAAGAUUUAUAUUUAGAUACUCAACUUCAGGUGGAAUCAUAUAUUGAAAUUAAGUAACAAAACUAGAUAUACAGGUGUCCAUAUUGUCCAAAGCCACUUAUUAAAAUAAGAUGGUGCUUUAGUCAUUUUUUGGAGUGGAAAAUUUAGAUUUGGAUUCAGAUUUGCCCCUCUAUGAAUGAAAGUUCUGCUGUCUGCAGAAUAAACUGGGAUCCUGCUGAGUCUUCUCACUGGAAGAUAAAUUUGAGUUAGUGAUUAUCACCGAUUUUUGCUUUCAUUCUGCAGUACCUCCAGAAUAGUGUGGAAGAUGACUGGGAGCUGCAGGCAAAGGAGGAAAUCAAUGAAAAUUGCUGCUCCACUCUGCAGCAGAACAAGUUUGGAUCCAACCCAUAGUGAAUAGCUGGAAAUAGUAUUUCUUUUGAGUCCCCAGAUUGGUGCGCCAAGAUGUGUUGGACUGUGACUUCCACCUUCCCCAGUUAGCAUGGUCAUUGGUCAGGGUGGUGAAGAAUGAUGGGAGUUGUAGUACAGUGCAUUUGGAGGACAACAGGUUGGAGAAGGCUGCUCCAUGAGUAUGACACUUUCAAGAAGUUGCAGUUGAAGGCAGUAUCUGAAGAGCUCUCUUGCCCUUGUUCAGACAUAUUGCUAAACAGCGAUGCAGACAAGAAAACGUGAGCCUCAGGUUUAUGUGCGGUCCAUUCUCCUUUCUUGCAUGGAAGGAGAGAAAGCUUCAGGCUCAUGGUUUCAAACAAAUUGUGGUUACUUUUACAUCAAAAUAUGGGAAACUGAUUUGUUUAAACUAUAAUUUAUUCAAUCUGGCUUAAUAUCAUGAAUUGAACAAGCUAGCAUUUCCAGUUUUGGAAUAAAUCACAAAUGGAAAGUUAAACAUCUCCUAGUAUGUGAAGAGCAGAGUACAUGAGCCCAGGCCUUGUGCCUGCUUGUCCUUUAGCGUCGCAUUAAUCUUCAGGAAACAUUGGGCAAGCCUAAAAAAGCCCUUCGCUUAAUUUUCUGGCAGAAGUUUCUUUCUGCAUACAUGUGCACACAGUCUUCCAUGUACAUGCAACAAAAAGGCAGGAAGUGGGUGACAGUGGCUGCUUGCAAUGCAUGAUCCGCAUCUGCCCUGAUGGGCCUGCUGCAGAAUGUACCUGGCAUGCAUUGUGUUCCAAGGCCAUUUUCUGUUUGUGUUGUAGAGAACAAUAUGCUUGAGUUCAAACCUAUAACAAGAACAACCUGUGUUUGUUUGGCAAAUAGAAUAUCACUGAGCAGGCAAAGUUAAGGAAAGUGCUAGGUCACGACAAUGAUUCAAAUAGACACUUUCUUCUCCUUGGAUUUGCUUUUCUUUUGGACUACUUAGAAUAAACUUCUAGUAUCUUACAGAAUUUGUUAUUUGGACAAAAGGCGUUAUUGAAAGAAUUGAGCUUUUACUGAUUAAGAUUCAUUAAAAUACUAAUUUUAAUUGGAAGCAAAAUAUGGUAAAUAGAAGGUUUACUUAAAAAAUUUAUAUUUUAUAUUUCAAGUUUGUUGAUACAGAAACAAAUGCUAUAUAUUGAUAAAGCUGCUUUAUUAUAGGUUAUAAAGAAAGCCUUAAUUAUAAAAGACAACAUCAAACAUUUAAAACUAAAUCAAACUUUUAAGAAUGAUUAGAAGAAUUCAGUGUCUGAAGUAAUUCAAGCCAUAUUUUGGAAAAAAGCAUUAUGCUAUUUUGUUGUAAUCAGUUUUCUUUAUUGUGCCUCUCCUAUAGUAGUCCUGUUCUCAUUGGCAGUUUUCUGCUAACAUAGAUAUUUUUUUAUAUAUAUAUAUAUAAAGUGAAAAAGACUAGUGUAGGCAAGCAGUUUUUCUUAUAUGCCAGUGGAAACAUAAUUUAACAUCUGUUGGACAGUAACCUGUGUGUUCCAUAGUCUUAGUAUUAUAAUUGUUUGUUGCUGUUUUCCUUGGAACAUUUAAUGGACAAGAACAUGUUGGUUCACUACACAGAAACCACGCAAACCCACUCUUAAUUUGUUAUGGCUGAAAUCAUUAGACUUAUUGCAUAAAAAUAAGUCUUUUCACUUGGAAAAUAAAGUUCUUUAAAUUGGAAAUUGAGGAAAGCUGGGUAUAGUUAUGGAAGUAACCAAUUAAGAGUUUUGAAUAGCGAAACAUAGAUGCAGAAUGAUUUUAUAUACACAGAUGUCUAAACAGUUUUUAAAUUAACCUUGUAUUUAUUUGUAAAUGGGAAUACAAACUCUAAAAUGUUGUAGUAUAGGUUCCUUUACCAUGGUGCACUCUAGUCUCAUGAUGUAUUAGCAGAUUCCAUACUUUCCUGUUCAUAGGGAGCCAUUUACAAUUAAGACACAUAAUUGUGAAAGUGGUCUUUAUAUUUCCUCAUCUACAGCUGUUGUGUAUGUUAUAGCUCUGCUUUGUGUAGAGAUCUGGUACACGCAAAGUCUUCCCUGUUCACAUAAUGGAGGAAGCAACAUAAUGGUUCCUUUAUUUUGAAUGCACAGAGCUGCCUACCUCUAAUUGAAAUGAAUAUGAAAUCUUGCAUUUUAUGAGAUAUAUAUCAAAGCACCUGUGAAGCUUGGGAUUAGAGUGUUUGCAUAAAGAGUGCUUACCAGUGUCUGAUGUAAACUAUGAUCAAAUUAAUAGGUAUUCCUUCAGCAAGCAGAAAAAUAACCACUGAUGGAGGUAAGCACCAAUUGACUGUGACUUCAAAUUGCAAGGCAGCGUAAAUGACACUGAUUCUGAAAAGUUGGCUCUAGGCACAAAGGCAGGUUCUGACACUACUGCUUCUGAAUUGUUUAUGAAAUGCUCCUUUUACAUGUGUUGUGUGGAAAGUUAUGUACAAUCUUAUCUGAUAAGAAUUUAAAAUGUAUAACUUUUAUAGCAAAACAUUUUCAUUCUUGGUAUUUUUGGAUAAUAGAAGUUCCUGUUGCAUAGAUUCAAAUUAAAUUUAAGAUAAUGGUAUUAUGAGAAGCAUAAAAUAUUUUAAUUAACUAGUUUUACAAGCAAUGAAAUUGUGUAUAAUCGUGUUUCACAUGAAGGCUGUAUUUUCAAAAUGAAAUUAUUUUUGCUCUAUUCUACAGGAAAACUAUGGUUUGCUUAUCAUACCAUUCCAUGUGAGAUGCUUACAUUUUAGGAAGGGACUAUUUUGAUAGUUUGGCAAGUCAACUCCAGUGUAUAGUUAUCUGGAAGUAAGUCUCCAUGAGCUCAGUAGCACUUACUCCCUGAAGUGUGCAGCAGAUUGUAGCUGAACUGAAUAGAAAUUAAAUAGGAAUCUGAGUGGUUUGUCAGAGUGCAAGCUGCAGCACAAGUUUUGCAAGAAAUGUAUUUCAGUAUUGUAUACUAAUUUAGGAGGAAAGAAGGGCAAUAACCACUAUAGGUUUUGAGACUACGUCAUUUUGAAGUGGCUUAUAUUAGCCCUUUUAAAGACUGCAGUCAGUACAAACUUACUCCUUUCUAUCUGUCCAUAUUAGCUAUUUUUUUUAAUGGUUUACACUAUUUGCAAUAACCGUCCCAGCUGAGUGCCUUCUGCUUCAGGUUUGGUACCUUUUAAAUGACCUCACAUAGCAUCUAAUGUGGUGUAAUAGAAUGCUUUAAGGGAGAGUUUGAUUAUAUUGAUGUCCCACUGCUUAGGGGGUAUUACGCCAAUAUUUUAUAUUCUGUUUAUCCUAAAAGCAAUUCAUAUAGAAAAUUGUCAGUUUAUGUGCUCAGCUUCAGCGUUAUAGUGAAUCAUGAACCAGGCAUACAAAUUUGCAAGCUAAUUGCAUAUUCAGAACUGAACCCUCCCUUGGCCAGAUGUGCCCCCGAGGGGUGUUGUCUGGCUUUGCCAUUAAUCAAGAAGCCAAAAAUGAUGAGGAGAUGUGGCAUCUGUAGCACUAGUACUUGGAAGCAGGGCAUUUAAAGGUAUGGGGAUUGGGGUUUUGCCCUAUCCCCAAAAAAAUUCUUCUCAAGUGGUCCACCUGCAGAAUUAGUUGUUGACCACUGAUAUACAGUCUUCAUCCGAAAAGAAAAGAAGCCACCCGAGAACUUAAAACAAUCACAUGCAGCUAUAUGUCUUGUUGGUGCUCAAAAGGAAUAAAUGAAUUUGCAUUUGUAAAUGGAUAGAGGGACCCCAUCUAUCUGACUGUGAACCAGUGCUUAGGUUUUAUGUAAUGAGAUAUAUGUUGUUAUUUUCGCCGUAAGUUUUUAUAGCAGAAUUCAUGGAAAGCAAUUUGAAUUUUUAAGAGUCUGGCUUGGUGAGGUUAAAGUAGGCAGCAGUGAAUUUAUAAUUCAGACAGAACCAAACAUUUAAUUGCUUAAAGUGUAAUUGUGUCAAUUUCAAAGCCUUACAUUCAACUUUGUUUUGCCUAUUUUGUUUCCAUUAUUCAUGUCGAUAAAAAAUUGAAUUGGAACAUAGAAUGGGGCACCAUUCAACUGUGAAAUAUUUCAUUACAUUUUCAUGGGCUGUAUACUGCACAUUUGUAAUUGCGAAUAAUAGUUUUGUUAAGUGGUGAGCUAAUGCACAUCUAACACUUUCAUACUAUGAAUAUUUCUACUAAUCUUGGCAUAAUGACAAUUCUGACUAAGUUUUAACAUAUGAAUAGGAAGUCAAUUUCUUCUGCCUUUGUUUUGUAAGAACAAUUCCUGUAUCUUUAGAAUUUAUCAUUGUGUUGCAGAAUAAUCUUUAUAUAAAAAUCCAGCAACAGGAAAGAGAAAUAACGGUGGUGUUGGGAACAAAUAUACAUUUACAUUAAUUGUCUAAAUCACUGUUGACAUAAGCUUUUAUAACAUGCAUAAAUAUUGGCACUGAGUAUAAAAUAUUUCAACUGGCUGAACGUUUGAACUAAAAUGUCCAAAUACGAUGAUAUUGCACACCUAAAUAUGAAUGAAACCAGAGUGCACGUAAGCACUUUAAUACUCUGGGAAUUGUACUGGAAAAAGAAUGGAAGCAUGUGUAAUUGCACCUAGAGCUCUGUUAACUGGUGGUUUGGGGUGGGAGGUGGGUGGGUGAGGGAAAGGUCACAGUUUAAAUGUAUUGUAUCUGAAUGAAUGUACUUAGUCUGGCCUAAUUUUCUCUGGCUGAAGAAGUCUGGAUUGUGUUUUGCAAUGCCCUUUGUUAGUUUUUGUGUGUUUGAUUGCAAAUGAUACUUCUGGGGAGCUUCUUGUUGGACUACAGAAAAAAAUCUAUUAUGCUAUAUACCAAUUAUUUUGUAAUUUAUGUGACAGGUAAUUCUAAUAGCUGUAUAUUUGGCUGACUAUUAAAUUUUUUAAGUUAC